AUGUUGUGGGGAGGGAGUCCACCUGUGGAUUUCUCGUCUGAACUCGAGAAAAACAGUGAUAAUCCCCUGGAGAUCUUGAUAAUUGGGGCUUGUGAUGCCAGGCACAUCAUCAAGACCCUCUCGUCUCUGGAGAGAACGUCGACACGAGUGAGGUUUCACGCCAUGGAGGCGACCCUCGAGGACAUUGCGAGGUCUAUUCUUCUUAUUAACAUCUCGUUAGAGAAAAAAUUGGGGUUUCAGGAAGCAAGUCGAUAUUUUCUCGAAGUCCUGGGAAAUACCCUGAUCACCCCAGGAACAGCGAAAUAUCUAAUUAAAACGAUAAAGCGAUUGAUUGACGUAAUUACCCAGACGUACCCCUGUCCCUGGUUGAGUCUGGAGGGGUUAAAGUACAGGGACAGAGAUGGUAUCGAGGCAAUCUUCAAGUUUUGGGUGAGAGCUCUCUGCGAAGGUGUUCCCAUCGUCGAGUACUGGGACAAGAGGGUCCGAGACUCUCUGAAGACCCGUUACGACUAUCGGGAUGGGGUCUUCGACUGGGAUUACCACAUGGUGCUCAUGUCGACGGGGCUGAAGUACCUGACGAUUCGGGAGUACAAAUUCUGGAGGAGUAACGGCGUUGCUUUCACGUGGAUCGAGACCGAUCCCACGAGGAGUAAUCCCACUUUGCUGAGUGGAAUUCAUGCUGUGGGACAGGGGUUCAUUCAUUACGCGUACAAGGGGGAUAUCAGAAAUGGGCCCUAUUUCACGUGGUCACUGGAUGAUCUCAACAGAAAUCCCAAGCUGAGGGCCACUGACGUGGCCGAGGGUCAGGUCCUCAAAGCGAUUUAUCAGAUUAGAAACAGGGAAGAGUGCCCAGACAAUUUUAUCGCUGCCCACAGGGAUGAAUCCCUCGUUCACGCGACUCUAAUGGCUCAAAUGCCGGAUUCUGGGGCGGAGUACGAGUCCUGGGAGUACAGAGAUUAUUCCAAGAGGGGGGAGGAAGAUUGCCCCUGGGUCGACAUCUCAGAUAACAUCGUGAACUUCAACCCUGCGUGGUACAUAGAAAAAUACAAAAAUAAACCAGAGUUCAACGAGAAGUUCGACAUCACCUUCAUAGCGAAUAACAUCACGAAUCAAAUUCCCAACAUAAUUCCCUGGGUGAAAAGAAAAGGACUCGUUAUGAUCGAGUCUCGACAAUUCAUGACAGAACUGUCCAAGGAAGACCACGAGAAAUUUUCCAACGAUCUGAAACAAUUAACUGAAGCCUCUAAAUUAAAACAAAUCGAACCCAUCGUCGAACCUCUCGAGAACAUCCUGCGAUACACCAAAGAUUGAAAUAAAAUUGAACAAAGAAUAAAAUGAGAAAUAAUUUUAAUUCUACAAACGACAAGUGAUGUAAUCGUAAUAAGCAAUAUACUAUAUUAAAAACGUGA